CCGCCCGCCGCGCGCACCGCCCGCCUCGGGCCGCGGAGCCGGCGGGGCGAUGCUGCCCGAGCCCCGUCGCCGCUGACCGCUGCCCGCUCCCGCCGCCGCCGAGACAAUGGACGCGGGAGCCGCCCCGCCCAAGCACAUGGAGCACUGCAUGAGUGCCAUGCAGGCGGGGACGCAGAUGGUCAAGCUCCGCGGCAGCUCCAAGGGCCUGGCCCGCUUCUACUUCCUGGACGAGCAUCGCUCCUGCGUCCGCUGGCGGCCAUCCCGCAAGAGCGAGAAGGCCAAGAUCUCCAUUGACUCCAUCCAGGAGGUGAGUGAGGGGCGGCAGUCGGAAAUCUUCCAGCGCUACCCUGACGGCAGCUUCGACCCCAACUGCUGCUUCAGCAUCUACCAUGGGAGCCCGCGGGAGUCGCUGGACUUGGUCUCCCGCAGCGGGGAGGAGGCGCGGAUCUGGGUCACGGGCCUGCGUUACCUCAUGGCCGGCAUCAGCGACGAGGACAGCCUGGCCCGGCGCCAGCGCACCCGCGACCAAUAUCCUUGGGGGUGGCUGAAGCAGACGUUCGAUGAGGCGGACAAGAAUGGGGACGGCAGCCUGAGCAUCGGGGAGGUGCUUCAGCUGCUGCACAAACUCAACGUGAACCUGCCCCGGCAGCGCGUGAAGCAGAUGUUCAAGGAAGCAGACACAGAUGACCACCAAGGGUCACUGGGCUUCGAGGAGUUCUGCGCCUUCUACAAGAUGAUGUCCACCCGUCGAGACCUCUACCUGCUCAUGCUCACCUACAGCAACCACAAGGACCACCUGGAUGCUGCUGACCUACAGCGCUUCCUGGAGGUGGAGCAGAAGAUGGCAGGUGUGACGUUGGAGGGCUGCCGGGACCUCAUCGAGCAGUUCGAGCCAUGCCCGGAGAACAAGAGGAAGGGGGUGCUGGGCAUCGAUGGCUUCACCAACUACACCCGGAGCCCCGCAGGUGACAUCUUCAACCCUGAGCACCACGGGGUACACCAGGACAUGACGCAGCCCCUGAGCCACUACUUCAUCACCUCGUCCCACAACACGUACCUGGUGGGCGACCAGCUCAUGUCCCAGUCGCGCGUGGACAUGUACGCCUGGGCCCUGCAGGCGGGCUGCCGCUGCGUGGAAGUGGACUGCUGGGACGGGCCGGACGGGGAGCCCAUCGUGCACCACGGCUACACCCUGACCUCCAAGAUCCUCUUCCGAGAUGUGGUGGAGACCAUCAACAAGUACGCCUUCGCCAAGAAUGAGUACCCCGUGAUCCUGUCCCUGGAGAACCACUGCAGCGUGGCGCAGCAGAAGAAGAUGGCGCAGUAUCUGAGCGACAUCCUUGGGGACAAGCUGGACUUGUCCAGUGUGCACGGGGCAGACGCCCACACGCUACCCUCCCCGCACGUGCUCAGGGGCAAAAUCCUGGUGAAGGGUAAGAAGCUGCCGGCCACGCUCAGCGAGGACGCCGAGGAGGGGGACGUGUCGGAUGAGGACAGUGCCGACGAGAUGGACGAAGACUGCAAGCUGCUGGACGGGGAGGCCUCUGCCAGCCGGAAGCGCGUGGAGAGCGUCGCCAAGAAGAAACUGGACUCACUCCUGAAGGAGUCCAGGAUCCGCGACUGUGAGGACCCCGACGGCUUCUCUGUGUCCUCGCUCGGGCCCCGGGGGAAGCGCGUGCCAUCGGCGGCGGAGAAGCGGGGGCAGACGGAGGCCCUGGAGCCUGGGGAGGAGCCGGGCGCUGCCAGGAGGAACAGCCGGCGGCUCCUGAGCAGUUUCUCCAGGCACAAGAAAAAGAGCAGCAAGCUGAAGAAGGUGGCCAGCGUGGAGGAGGGGGACGAGACCCCAGAUCCCGAGGAUAGCCAGAGCCGAGGGGCCACCAGGCAGAAGAAGACCAUGAAACUGUCUCGAGCGCUGUCGGACCUGGUGAAGUACACCAAGUCCGUGGGCGCCCACGACGUGGACUCGGAGGUGGUGUGCAGCUGGCAGGUAUCGUCCUUCAGCGAGACCAGGGCGCAGCACAUCCUGCAGCAGAAGCCCGAGCAGUACCUGCGCUUCAACCAGCACCAGCUCAGCCGCAUCUACCCCUCCUCCUACCGCGUGGACUCCAGCAACUACAACCCGCAGCCCUUCUGGAACGCCGGCUGCCAGAUGGUGGCCCUGAAUUACCAGUCGGAGGGGCGGAUGCUGCAGCUGAACAGGGCCAAGUUCAGUGCCAACGGCAGCUGUGGCUACGUGCUCAAGCCCUCGUGCAUGUGCCAGGGCGUCUUCAACCCCAACUCUGAGGACCCCCUGCCGGGGCAGCUCAAAAAGCAGCUGGUGCUGAGGAUCAUCAGUGGGCAGCAGCUCCCCAAGCCGCGGGACUCCAUGCUGGGGGACCGCGGGGAGAUCAUAGACCCCUUCGUGGAGGUGGAGGUCAUCGGGCUCCCGGUAGACUGCAGCAAGGACCAGACCCGCGUUGUGGACGACAACGGAUUCAACCCCAUGUGGGAGGAGACCCUGGUGUUCACCGUGCACAUGCCCGAGAUAGCGCUCGUGCGCUUCCUAGUCUGGGACCACGACCCCAUCGGGCGCGACUUCAUUGGCCAGAGGACGCUGGCCUUCAGCAGCAUGAUGCCCGGCUACCGGCACGUGUACCUGGAGGGGAUGGAGGAGGCCUCCAUUUUUGUCCAUGUGGCCAUCAGUGACAUCAGUGGUAAGGUCAGGCAGACUCUGGGGCUAAAAGGCCUGUUCCUCCGAGGCCCCAAGCCCGGCUCUCUGGACAGUCAUGCUGCUGGCCGGCCCCCAGCCAGGGCCCCCGUUAGCCAGCGGCUCCUCCGGCGCACGGCCAGCGCCCCAACCAAAAGCCAGAAGUCAGGCCGCAAGGCCUUCCCGGAGUUGGUCCUGGGCACGCAGGGCUCGGCUCCCGGCAGGGGAGCCCGUGAUGUGGGUCCCCCAAGCCCUGGGCCCAUGCCGGAGGCCCUGAGCCACGAUGAGGGGGGCGGCGGCAGUCCCCAAGGUAAGGCACCAGCAGAGCGAAGCCCGCCACAGGCCCGGCCCCCGCGGGCCCCUGCAGUCCCUGGGCCGGCCGGCGUGGCGGCCACCUGCAUGAAGUGCGUCCUGGGCUCCUGCAGCAGCGCGGAUGCCGAGGGCCUGCUCAGGGAGCGGCCACCCAGCCCCGGGCCAGCGGGUGCCGUCUGCCAGCAACCCCGGGCCUGGGCCGACUCGCUGGGGGCUGCACAGCGGGACAUGGGCGGCCGAGGCUCGGCAUCCCCGGACCCCAGCCGCCCGGGCAGCCCUGAGGUGGCCGCACACAGGCAGCCGGGGGCCCUGCAGGCGGAGAUGAAUGCCCUGUUCGCACAGAAGCUGGAUGAGAUCAGGAGCAAAUCCCCCAUGUUCUCCACGGUCAGGAACUGAGAACAGCCGAGUGCCAGG